AUGUCUCUAUACUGUACUCGAGCUACUUAUGGUUAUUUUAUUCAAAAAGGGACAACUGGCAGUGGUGUUUUAUCGUCGGGACAAAGUACGACAAGUGCAAGUGGAUCUUCCACAGCAGUCAGUAGUUCGGUAAUUAUUGGUGCGAGUGUUGCUGGUGGCAUUGGAUUGAUUUCAUCGGCAAUUGGUGUUUUUUAUUACCUGAAAUUUGUUCGUUCAUCUCCAUUAACAAAUCUUGUUGAAAAGAGCGUUGGGAUCGUUAAAUCGCGUGUUGAAACAACAGACAUUGAAGCAAUGGAAGGAAAAGCAGACAGUCAACCCACUGAAAUCGUCAAUAAUAACAAUACUAGUACGAACAACCAACCGAGACAUCGUACAAGUAUUCAUACACAAGCAUCAGAGAAUAAUAAAUCAAAUAUAAAAGCUGUUAGAAAACCAGAAAAUGUUGCCAAACUAAGUUCACGUACAUUUGUUAAAGUGACAAUUUCAGAAUUAAUAUCAUUAGGUUCACUUAAUUUCACUAAUUGUGCGGGAGCUGCUCGUUUUGGUUUUAGAACAGAUAUAUUUUCUUGGUCACUGGCUAUACUUGAUUCUUUGAUAUUCGUAACGCUCAGUUCAACCGAUGCUCAUUGUCAGAAAAAAAUUUAUUUAUUUUCUCCGUUGGUGCAUAUGGGGAAAACACUAUCAAGUGAAAACCGCAAUGUUUUAAUUGAAAUUCAAUAUCUCAAGAAAGAAAAAGAAUUUCGGAAAAAAGAUACUGGGGGUUGUGCUCCGCAAUGUGGCAGUUCGAGUGGCGUCAACUUCAAGGUUCCAUCUUUCAAGGAAAAAAAGGAGAUAAGUUUUUCCGGCGAAGAUCCUUUUUUUGGCGGCCGCUUGGAAUGA